GGAAAUUUUAUAAGCAACGAUUUUAAUAUAAAACCCAAUGCCAGAGAGUUAAUGCUUCAGUAUAAAAUCAAAUAUGCAAUUGAGUAUUCUGUUACUCCUUCUUGGCUGGGUCGCCGUAGUGAAUUCUAUUGGCCUUAGCCAACUGUUUUUAAUCUCAUCAAGCAAACCUAUAUCUAAUGAAAACAAUGAUCAGCCUUCAGCUAAAGCAGCAUCACGUCAUUUUAAGCAAUGCAAUCCCAUUGAAACUACGAGUGGGGAGACAACUGAACAACCAAUAACUACGAUUACUCCUGAAGAAGCCACCACACGAAGGCUAGUUCCCUUACCAACUCUUGCACCUAGUUCCGCUUCAAGCUCAAGGAGACUGGUACCUCUACCAACUCUGAAGCCCACAUUCACCUUGACCACAAUGCAAAUCAGCAGUGAAGAAGAAAAUAAAAAUGUACCCGAUCGCAGCACAAGAAGACUAGUAAACCUACCUAAUUUUAAACCAAGCACCGUCGGAAUUGUAAGAGGAAAAUAUGAUGGAAAUGUACCCAGCCUCAGCUUAAGAAAACUUGAAAUUCUUGAACCAACUUCCACCACGAUCCCUACCGAUGUCAACAACGUGGAAAAUGGUGAUCAAACUUCGGAUGAUUGCGAGCCGUUUCCUGAGGGUAUUGGCUCACGAUUAGAUGCUAAAACACUAAAAACCCUCAUUAAAGUCACAGUAGGAUAGCUGAGUAAUCAAAAAACAUAAAGUUAAAUCUAAAACAGCAAAACAUUUUGUUUAAAAUAAGAAUACAAAAAAAAAAAAUGGAAACACAAAGAAAAAUUGUAAAUUGAUUUUCAAUGGUUUUUUUAAACGUCUGUAAUCUAACAACCUGAACCCGUUUUCAUUACUAAAUAACUGAAUGGGUAAUUUUAUGAAUUACUAAUUUAUGGCGAGCUCAAUAUAAAUCCGACUGCCAGAGAGUUAUACUUUCAGUAUCAGAACAAAAAUGCAACCGAGUAUUAUAUUUCUUCUACUUGGCGGGAUUGCCUUCGCCAAUUCGUUUGGGAUAGAGCAGAGAUUGUCAAGCUCUCUAAAGGAUACCAAACUACAAACUAUCUAUUCCAUAGUGGCUUCGAAUUUGGAUAAAAAUUCCUCCCAGUUGUUGCCAAGUAGUACAACAAAUAUUUCUGGAAACGCAUCAUUACCGACUUCUGCACACACUACAGCUUUAAGCCCAACACAAGAAAAUAACGUUACCCAUUUUGAGAAAGAUUACGAACCGCUUCCCGAGGGUAUUGGAUCUCGAUUGGAUUCUCAAACUUUAAAAACUUUCGUUGGUAAAGUAAAUAAAAAUAUUCCAUAAAAGCAUAUUUCCUUAAAAAUCAAAACAAA